CUCUCUCUCUCUCUCCCCUCUCUCUCUCCCUCCCUCCUUCCGUGACACCGCCGUCCGCGUUCAGGCACCGAAGCGGAAAGAAGGAGAAGAACUUUGCUUCUCCUGGCCGUCCCCUCGCCCGUGCCCCGGUCGAUGAGAAGAUGCUGGCGGCGACUCCUCUCCACCACUGCCGCCGCCGCCGCCACCGUCUUCCCGCGUUGACGCCAUUCCCCGCAUCGAGAUCGCCAUGUCAAGAUUUUUGAUGAUUUCUCGUAUCAGGAGAGUUGUAGACUCAAUUUCAUGUAAUCCGAGGAGCAGUUACACUGGAGUUACGAAAUAUGCGACGAUUGCUUCAGCUGGGUUAGCGGUGCGACCAUACAGGUCACAUUUGCCCUAUAAAAAUCCCAGCAGAGGGCAUGAUGCUUUCCAACAAUAUAGUUCUGGACAAUGUUUCUAUGCAUGUUAUUUGUCAAGGAAAUUCUCUGUCUUCUCAGUAAGCAGUGCAGUGAGCCAUCAUGCCCAGCUCACUUGGAAAAGGAUCUUGCAGAAGUGCCAUUCUAGUGGGUGGGGGUUUUCCCGCACAAAUAGGAUAGCUCAAGCAGUCAGCCUUGGCUUGAUCCGCUCGCCGCUUGUUGUUCCUGGUAUCUUUGCUUUCACCACGGGACAGCUAGCAUGGGCAGAGAGAAGUUUUGUCGAUACAGAAUUUUACCCAUCACCAAACGCUUUCUACAAGCGUGCCCAGAAUGGGCAUGCUGUUGUCACGUCGCUAGUGUACUCAGUUUACGAAGGCAUCGUGUUACUUUUGAGAGCUCUAUAUUUAAUGAUUUUGUUCUCACCCAGCAUAGUGAUGGCACCAUUUGCGGAUUGUUGUGGAGCCCAGUUUCGGAGAUUGUGGCUUCAGGUUGUUCACCGAACACUGGAGAGGGCAGGUCCUGCUUUUAUAAAAUGGGGGCAGUGGGCUGCUACAAGGCCAGAUCUCUUUCCUAGAGACUUAUGCGCUCAGCUUACAGAGCUUCACAUGAAGGCCCCUCAACAUAGCUUCAAAUACACAAGAAAGACUAUUGAGAAGGCUUUUGGUCGCAAACUUUCUGAUAUAUUUGAGCAUUUUGAGGAGGUUCCAGUGGCAUCUGGAAGUAUUGCUCAAGUGCAUCGAGCUUCUUUGAGAUUUCGAUACCCUGGUCAACAGGUAAAACCAAUGGUGGUUGCUGUAAAGGUUAGACAUCCUGGCGUUGGUGAAUCCAUUAGAAGAGAUUUUGCAAUAAUCAACCUGGCAGCUAAAGUUUCAAAUUUUAUUCCUACUUUGAAGUGGUUGAGGUUGGACGAGAGUGUCCAGCAGUUCGCAGUUUUUAUGAUGUCUCAAGUUGACCUUGCAAGAGAGGCUGCUCAUUUGAGUCGCUUCAUUUACAAUUUCCGGAGUUGGAAGGAUGUUUCUUUUCCAAAGCCAGUGUAUCCUCUUGUCCAUCCAGCUGUUUUAGUGGAAACUUAUGAGCAAGGAGAAAGCGUCUCACACUAUGUUGAUGGACUUGAAGGACAUGCUCGCCUUAAAAGUGCACUUGCUCACAUAGGGACUCAUGCACUUCUGAAGAUGCUUCUGGUGGACAACUUCAUUCAUGCAGACAUGCAUCCUGGGAACAUUCUUGUCCGGGUAGCUAAGAACAAAUCUUCUCGGAAACAGCUGUUUAAGUCAAAGCCCCAUGUUGUAUUCCUUGAUGUUGGCAUGACUGCUGAACUGUCUAAAAGUGACCGUGUAAAUUUAUUGGUUUUUAAAGCUGUAGCUCGUCGUGAUGGCCGUACUGCUGCUGAAUGCGCACUUCGAUUAUCGAAGCGGCAAAACUGUCCAGAUCCUAAAUCCUUUAUAGAGGAAGUGGAGGAGGCUUUCAGUUUCUGGGGAACUAAGGAAGGUGAUAAGAUACAUCCUGCUGAUUGCAUGCAGGAGUUACUUGAGAAAGCUAGGCGUCAUAGAGUUAAUAUUGAUGGCAAUGUGUGCACUGUGAUGGUAACUACAUUGGUUCUUGAGGGUUGGCAGCGGAAGCUCGAUCCAGGGUACAAUGUGAUGCAGACUCUGCAGACUCUGCUGCUCAGAGCUGACUGGGCAAAAUCUCUUUCCUACACGAUUGAUGGGCUUAUGGCCCCAUAAGAAGGAUUUUCUUUGUGUAGCUACUCUUCUGAACAAUUUUGACAGCCGAAGCUUAUCUAAGUAUACAGGGCUUUCAAGAAAUAACAAGCGGGCUAUAGGACCUCUUUUUUGUUUUAGAUAUUUUCGCUUGUACUCGACCAUUUUUUUGUUCCAUUUCGUGUACUUAAAACAGUUUCAAAAGUUUUGACUGUUGAGUUUGGACUUCCGACUGACUGAUGAGAGCUCAAAAGAUUGCUGAAAAUAGAAAUAAAAGUGUUACUCCCCUUUUGACUGUUUCUCCCA